AUGAAUGCUUGUCGGAAGAAGGGUCGUUUAUCCUUCUUCAUACGAGCUGAAAUCGAACCGAAAAAUCGUUCAGGCGUAAACUCGCUGCAGUAUGAUCCGUGUACAGACAGACUGUUCACUGCUGGGCGGGAUUCCAUUAUCAGGGUUUGGAACACUAAAAGGCAAUCGGAUCCUCUUGUGCAUACCAUGGAACAUCAUGCUGACUGGGUUACAGACAUUGUACUCUGUUGUGGUGGCAAAAAUCUCAUAUCUGCCUCAAAUGAUACGACAGUGAAGGUUUGGAAUGCUACAAAAGGAUUUUGUAUGUCUACUCUGGGUACACACAAAGACUAUGUUCGAGUGCUUGCCUACGCCCAACAUCGUGAGGAAGUUGCUAGUGCUGGUCUAGAUGGCGCAAUAUUUUUGUGGGAUAUAAGAACACUUACAGCACUUACACCAACUAAUAAUACAGUUGAAACUCGUCCACUGACAACAAAUGACGAAAGUACAUAUAGCUUAGCUAUGAAUCCAUCUGGGACAGUCAUAGUAGCUGGUGGUCCUUAUAAAAGAAUAUGGGUAUGGGAUCCUAGAUCACGUAGUAAACCUUUUGACUUACGAAGUCAUACUGAUAGUAUACGUGCACUUGCUGUUCGACCAAAUGGUGAAGAGAUUAUUAGUGGUAGUUCUGAUGGAACAAUUAAAAUAUGGUCACUUGGUAUGCAACGAUGUACAGAUACCAUUCGCACACACAGUGAAAGUGUAUUUACAUUACAGGUGAAUAACAAUUGGUCAACUGUUUAUUCCGCUGGUAAAGAUCGUAAGAUUUGGGCUACUGAUUUGCAUAAUCCUGGUAAUUCUACAUUAAUUGGCGAAGAGACGGAUCCAGUCUUAAAGCUCCUAUUACAUGAAGGUAGAAGUCAGUCAUUUUUAUGGUCUGCAACAUGUAAUACAAAUGUGUCACGUUGGCUUAUUAAACACCAUGCUACUGGAAUGUGUUCUCGACCAAUUGUAGAUCAUGAACAUUAUUCAUAUCAUUGUGAGAAUAAUACUGAUAUAGAUCAUGCUAGUACAGAGAAAUCUAUGCCAAUGUCUAAAUGCUCUGAAUUUGUAUCCAAUCCAAUUCCCGUUUCAUUGCCGUCUAAUGCUCAUAAUAAUAAUAAUAGCAGUAAUGCUCUUUCAGACGUUUUUACUCAUGAUCCUGAUCACAGUUCCUUACCUAUGGACAAUAAUAAUGAUAAUAACAAUAAUGAUAAACACAAUUCUUCAUUAUCUUCAAAACCUGAUUUUGUCAUAAAAGGUGGAUCACCAAUUGUACAGUUUCAUAUAUGCCCUGAAAAACGUUUUAUAUUAACAAAAGAUAAUGAAGGUAUAGUAGCUGUAUAUGAUGUUUUAAAAGCAUCAAUGAUUGAAUGUUUAGGUGUUGUAUCAUUUGAAGAAGAAAUUAAGAAACGUGAAAAACUUAUUUAUGUUCCAAAUUGGUUUAUAGUAGAUUUAAAAUGUGGAAUGCCAAUUAUUCAUUUGGAUGAAGGUGAUUGUUUGUCAGCCUACAUAAAUGCUUCUGAUGCUGGUCUAUUAAGUGAAUUCAAUGAUCCCAAUUACUGUUAUGAUACUAAAAUUAAUUACGGCUUUGUAUUACUCAGAUCAUUAUUUAUUCGUCGGUUAACUACAUCCUCAAGUAAUACCAAUACUAGUAAUAAUGGAAACAAUAUAGAUAAUGUGCGCAACGAUUUGAAUGCAGAUCAAAUUUUAGAAAUUCCUGGACAUACACCAAUUAUUUUAAGUGAUGGAAGUGGUCGACCACUUGAUCGAUUUUUAGCUCGUGAUGCUUCUUCAUUUAGUGUACGAUUAAGACGUUGUAAUCCAGAACCGAAAUGGAUUAUGGAAGUUGUAGAAUCUUGUAAACUACCUAAACCAGUACGUAUAGCGUUUUGCCUUGUUCCUGGUGUUAUCGAAGUAGACAGUCAAGGUCAACAAAUAUAUUUUCCAUACCAAGCCUGGACUUCUUCUUCUAGAAAGCGGGGCUGGGACGCGUCAAUAGUUAGAUCACUGGUCUUGGGUCACUGAGUAUUGUUCUCGUUCGCAGUUUAAGUGAACUCGUGAAGGUUUUCAAACAUAACAGUCCUGUUGUUGUGAUCCGUUCAUCGGUUUUAGGUAAUAACAUAAUGUAUUCAGACGGAGCAACUAAUAUUCCGCUUCUACAUACACUUUGUAAGCUGAUCACAAUAACCCGAGACAAAAUGAUGAUACUGGUCAAGCUGUUCCGCCUAAAUCAUCAUCUUAUUGUGAUACAACUUCCAAUCCUCAAACGCCUGUAAUGGCACCAUUAAAUCUUCCACCUGAAACAUUACAAAUUGAUUUAGCUAGAAUAAUAGCGACAGCUUCAUCAAAUAUUCCUCAGCCUGAGAAUAUUAUUGAGAUAUGGUGUGGUGAUCAGUGUCUUGAUCCUAAUAUGAAUUUACGCAGUGCUCGUUAUUUCUAUUGGAAACAGUCAGGUGAUUUGGUGUUAAGUUAUUUAGUUACCAAAGAAAAUAAUACUGGUAACAAUUAUGCUACUACUAAUACUAUUGAUAGUAAUAAUAAUAAUUCUAUUUCAUCAUACUUAAACAACAGUCUACAUAAUCCCACAACUGUUACUUCAAUUACUACUAGUAUUCCUUCUGCUAACAUAAGGAAAGAGGAUAAUAUCAACAAUUUCAAUGGGAACGGGACAGAUAGUAACAAUUUGAAGAAUGAGCAUCGAGAAACCACUAGUGUCGCAUCGUCAUCAUCUUCAUCAAUGAGUAUUCAUAAUUGAUGUUAUUAUUAUUAUUGUUAUUAUUAU